AUGGCACCAAAGAUCUCCUUGACGCCGCUGUCAAGCUUGAGAGUCAGCAAGCACCAAAUUCCAACGCACGACCUCACCCCCAACACCAGCAUCCAGCAUAGACCGUUGCUUAUCUACCAUUCGGCGUUCGAGCCUUCAACGGCAUUGGCCUCGGCCAUAGAAGCCCACCUCAGCAAUGUCGAUGUUGUGGUACCGCAAUGGCGGUAUACCAUGUACUCUACGACGCAUUUCCACAGCACGACUCAUGAAGUCCUCUGCAUCAGCAACGGACGCGCCAAGCUCUGCUUCGGCGGCGAGACCAACGACGGCAGAGUCGAGCCUGUGGUUGAGAAGGGCGAUGUGAUCAUCGUGCCGGCUGGCGUCGGCCAUCGGCUUCUGGAGGAUCAGGGCGGUGGCUUCGAAAUGGUGGGCAGCUAUCCCAAGGGCUGCAACUGGGACAUGUGCUACGGAAAGGAGGGAGAGGAGGAGAAGGUCAAAGGGAUCGAGAAGCUAAGCUGGUUCGAAAGAGAUCCGAUUUAUGGUGAGAGAGGGCCGGCGGUGGGAGCCUGA